AUGGCGUCAUUGCGGUCGACACUGCAUAAAAUUAAAACGGAUUUAUACGAGGCGGAGACGGCGGGUGAAGCCGCUCAGGCGGUGUUGCAGGCGCUGCCGCGGUGGUUGCCGUGGGUGGGUGCUGGUGCCUGCAUCACGGCGUACAUUGUGACACUUCGCGUACGACUUUUUAUUGCCAGAUGGCGCCGUGCCGCACGGCGGCGGGUGGAGCGGAAAUAUAUGGCCAUAGGGUUUCUGCAUGACUACGCCCAGCCUCAAGGGGAGUUUUUCACGCUUGUUGGGGACGACAAUGAUGAUGACGAUGGCGAGGAGGGUGACAAUACCGCCCUCACACUUUCAGAUAUAGAGGAGUUUCGUUGUAGCCUUGGCAUUCGCUCUCCGCGCGACGACGACCUCCUGCUGCUGGUGGAAGAGAUGCUGCUCGUAGACCCUAUUCCCGAGUGUUGGGUGCUGUACCGCACUUCCGCUGGCCUCGUGCGCUUUAUGAAUGUCAACACACAAGAACUCUUCUUUUUCCACCCCGGCAAGCGGGAGGAGGAGCGGCAUAUACGCGCAGAACUGAAGCGGCGCAACAAUGUCUUUAUGGAGGCAAAGUUUAACUUAUUGGGCAGCGAUGAUAAGAGCGGCCGCUUCCCCGGCAGCAAUACAUCCUUUGCCCUGCGAAGGCAACGCCAGAAGAAGGCUACCACCGCUGGUAAUAACUGUAGCGACAGUGUUGGUAGCGGCGGGGCGACAUUGAGUUUUAGUGACGACGAGGAGGAGGUGGACGGAAAGGACGAGCAAUCAACAUUUAGGAGACUUUUUCGCUAUUUUGUUGAGCGCGAAGAGCGCAAGAUUGAAAGGGAUGUAGAGAAGCAGCUUGCUGUGUCGCCUGCCACAGGCAGCGGUCCUAUUGGAUCCUCUCGUGCAGAGAGUCGGAGCCUGCGCGUGUUUCCAGCAAAUGUGGUUCACAGCGGCUCACACACAAAACGUGUCAGUGUCAGCUGA